AUGGUCCGUACGUUGCGUGAUCUAGCAGACCAGAAGGUGACUAGCCUCCCCCUGCUGGCUAUCCUCUCGGGUAGUAAGCCGAAUGCUGCGUCCCUGGGUUUCUGCACGGACUACCUGACCUACAGUUUCACCUUAAAGCUCGACGUCAAUACAAUGCGCCUUCUGAUGGAUCAACCACAGCCAAACAGGCGCACUGACAAGUACCGUCUCAUUCUUCGGAUGGCCUGGGCCACUACCGGACUUUACAUGCCAGGUGACAAGUCCAAUCCAUCUCGCGUUCUGGCCUCGGAGGUGCUACCGCAUUGUCUCUCCGUCCGCGUUGCUCGUCGCAAUGUCACCCUUCCUGAUCCCAUCUUCCAUGGUGGCCAGGCGCAGAAAUUUGGUCGUCGUCUCCGUUUCGCAAUUGACAUCACAGACAAGGUUGUUUUCUUUUCCUUUCUGUGCGCUGCAUACCCUGACUUGGUCAGUUUAAACGUUCAAAAGAAGAAGACGGUUCAAUGA